UAUAUAUAUAUACACAUACAUAUAUAAAUAUAUAUAUAUAUAUAUAUAUAAUCAGGAUGAAUGAAGAAUACGACGCGAUUGUUCUUGGAACUGGACUGAAGGAAUGCAUCCUAUCCGGUAUGUUAUCGGUUAGUGGCAAAAAGGUACUCCACGUAGAUCGCAACAAGUAUUAUGGUGGUGAAUCGGCCUCUAUAACGCCAUUGGAAGAUCUAUUCGCGAAAUUCAAGGCACCGCCGCCAGAUGAAGGUUAUGGACGUGGUAGAGAUUGGAACGUGGAUCUUAUACCUAAAUUCUUGAUGGCCAAUGGUCUCCUUGUAAAGCUACUGAUUCACACGGGUGUGACUCGUUACUUGGAAUUUAAGUCGGUGGAAGGAUCUUACGUUUACAAGUCCGGUAAGAUCUCCAAGGUACCGAUCGAUCAGCAAGAAGCAUUGUCCAGUGAUUUGAUGGGUAUAUUUGAGAAGAGACGGUUUCGCAACUUUCUUGUAUGGGUUCAGAACAUGAAGGAAGAUGAUCCCAAAACUUGGGAAGGAUUUGAUCCCUUUAAUAAUAAUAUGAGCGCGCUUUACAAUAAAUUUAGCCUUGAUAAAAAUACUCAAGACUUUACGGGUCAUGCAUUAGCUCUGUACAGAGAUGAUGAUUACAUAAGUCAAAGUGCGAUAACUACCAUAAGGAGAAUCAAAUUAUAUAGCGAUAGUUUAGCACGUUAUGGUAAAUCUCCGUAUUUGUAUCCCAUGUAUGGCCUCGGUGAACUACCUCAAGGUUUCGCUCGACUUAGCGCCAUUUAUGGUGGUACGUACAUGUUGGAUAAACCGAUCGAUGAAAUCGUCAUGAAAGACGGUAAGGUCGCUGGUGUACGUUCUGGAGACGAAGUAGCUCAAUGUAAGCAAGUAUUUUGUGAUCCUACCUAUGUACCUGAACGUGUGAAGAAAGUUGGUCAAGUUAUAAGAUGUAUCUGCCUUUUGGAUCAUCCGAUACCAAGUACAGGUGAUGCUCUUUCAACGCAGAUUAUCAUUCCGCAGAAACAGGUUAAUCGUAAUUCUGAUAUUUAUGUAUCCCUGGUAUCGCAUACUCAUCAAGUAGCUGCUAAAGGAUGGUUCAUAGCUAUGGUUUCUACAACGGUGGAAACAAAAUAUCCCGAACAAGAAAUCCAACCAGGAUUAGAUUUACUUGGACCCAUAAGACAAAAAUUCGUUUCUAUAUCAGAUUAUAUGGAACCAACCGACGAUGGCUGCGAAAGUCAAAUUUUUAUUUCAAGGAGUUACGACGCGACAACGCAUUUUGAGACUACCUGUUUAGACGUACUUGAUAUUUUCAAACGCGCAACUGGAGAGGAAUUUGAUUUCAACAAAGUUAAACAAGAACUAGGUGACGAGGAUCAGUAACCGUAAUGUGCGUUGUGUGAUUUGUCCAUUACUCUAAAAAUUAAACUAUCAAAGUCUAAGUAAUCUAAUCGGACAUUUAUCUACCGACUGUGUCGGUCAUCGGUGUCUUUAUGCAGAUACAUAUUGAGAAUGUAAUACUGCAACAAGACAAAGUCCUUUAUUUUCAUUUUUGAAUUGUCUCUUUGACAGAGAACAAAAAGAUAUUUUUUUUUCUACUUUUUUUUUUGUUCCAUCAAUUUUUUUUCUCUGUCCUCUUAAUCUCUUAAUCUGAAAGUCAUCCAAAAACUAAUACUGCCCCUUUACUUUAGCCUAAAACAAAUAAUUUGAUUUGAUAUAAGAGACAUCGAAUUUUCUUGUCAAAAAAACCUCUUCUUCGAUCUUUGAUACCCGAUUAGUAUAUUACAUAU